UGCUGGUGGGUGAGUGAAAGUGUGCUUGUGUGCGGGGUGAUGCAGCGGACCUGGAAGUUGGCUGCUGUAGGUGGUGUUGCUGCUCGAGUGCAGACGCCAGACUCGGGCUCGGCCGAGGUUAAAGAUCCGCAGCAGUUAUGCUGCUAGCUCGUUGGCUGCUCGCUACCCAGCUCCUCCUUGGACAGCUCGUGGGCCUCGCGUUUGCUUGUGGCCCCGGCCGAGGCGGUGGCCGCCGGCCUAUUCUACGCAAGCUCACGCCCCUUGUUUUUAAACAGCACGUACCAAAUGUUUCGGAGAAUACAUUGCCCGCCUCAGGUCUCAGCGAAGGCCGAGUUUCACGCAAUGACAACCGUUUUCGUGAUUUGGUACCCAACUAUAAUGCCGACAUAAUAUUCAAGGACGAAGAAGGCACUGGUGCCGAUCGACUGAUGACACAAAGGUGCAAAGAAAAAUUGAACACAUUGGCGAUAUCGGUGAUGAACCAGUGGCCCGGAGUAAAGUUGCGGGUUACCGAAGGCUGGGAUGAGGAAGGAAAACACGCCCAAGAUUCACUUCAUUACGAAGGCCGCGCUGUGGACGUGACAACAAGCGAUCGAGACCGAGCUAAGUACGGCAUGCUUGCUAGGCUUGCCGUUGAGGCUGGCUUUGAUUGGGUUUACUACGAAUCUAGGUCUCAUAUACAUUGUUCAGUAAAAUCCGAGUCAUCAUCAGCAGGCAAAUCAGGCGGAUGCUUUCCUGGAUCGAGCCAAGUACUGGGUUAUGAUGGCCGACGGUUCAGAUUAGAGGAGCUACGGUUGGGCGAUUUCGUAGCUUCUAUGGACGUUGACAGCGGAAAGAUCCUGUUCAGUGAAGUGAUAGCCUUCAUUGAUCGGUCACCGAGAAAGCGCCAACAGUUUGUACUAUUAAACACUCGUUCAGGUCGAGCAAUCAGACUAACGCCUACGCACCUGCUACUUGUACAUGGUCGUGGAACUGUGUUUGCUGCGCACGUUCAUCCUGGUGAUCGUCUGCUCAUUCGGCUCGAUAUCACGAGUAGCCUCGGCUGGGACGAGGUACUUGAGUCGAAAUUGAUCCUUGAGCAGGGUGCUUAUGCACCGCUCACCAUGGCAGGCACUAUUCUUGUUGAUGAUGUUAUAGCUUCUUGCUAUGCUCUCGUCGACAGUCAGAACCUUGCACACGCUGCUUUCCUACCGCUAAGAAUAUGGAGCGGAUUUGAGUCUACUUUUGCGAGCUUACGACGUCAUCUGUUACUAAAAUCUAGCUCAUCUCGUCAAAUUGUUAAUACGAUUCCCAACACUAGAGCUGACAAUACAACCCAGGGCGUACAUUGGUAUGCUUCGCUUCUCUAUAGUAUUUCUACCUACGUUCUGCCCAAAAGCAUGUUCUACAUUUAAAUAAUUCUUAUAUGCUGUAUCAAUUACAAACGAAACAGGGGAUUAAUCGCGAU